CUCCACGCCUGUCCUGCUAUCCUACGUGUGGCUGUUGCUGUGGGCUGUGCGCGCAUGGACGUGUGAGCACGGGGGUCCUUCCCAGAAGCGUGUCUUUGCAAAUGCUCUUGGCCCUGUGUAAACAUGGAUGCAAACUCGUGUACGCUGUGUAUGCAAGGAUGGGACCCAGGUGAGCCCGAGUGCCCACUGCCCCCGUGCCCCUGGCACAGGCUGCCCCAGGCCCCCAGCUGACACGUCUGGCCGCCUGCCCCAGCCCAUGGACCUGCGGGUGGGUCAGCGGCCCUCGGUGGAGCCCCCACCAGAGCCCACGCUGCUGGCCCUGCAGCACCCCCAGCGCCUGCACCAACACCUCUUCCUCGCAGGCCUGCAGCAGCAGCACUCAGCGGAACCCAUGAGGCUCUCCAGGGACGCACCGAUGCCCGAAUUACAAGUUGGGCAGCAGGAGCAAGAGCUGCGGCAGCUUCUCAAUAAGGACAAGAGCAAGCGGAGCGCCGUCGCCAGCAGUGUGGUGAAGCAGAAGCUGGCAGAGGUGAUCCUGAAGAAAAAGCAGGCAGCCCUGGAGAGAACAGUCCGGCGCAAUAGCCCCAGCAUUCCCUACAGGACUCUCAAGCCCUUGGAGACGGAAGGAGCCGCCAGCUCCAUGCUGAGCAGCUUUCUGCGUCCUGUCCCCAGCCUACCCAGUGACCCCCCAGAGCACUUCCCUCUGCGUAAGACAGUCUCUGAGCCCAACCUGAAGCUGCGCUACAAGCCCAAGAAGUCCCUGGAGCGGAGGAAGAACCCGCUGCUCAGAAAGGAGAGCGCUCCGCCCAGCCUCCGGGACUCCUCCCCCAGCAGCAGCAGCACACCUGCCUCAGGAUGCAGCUCCCCCAAUGACAGCGAGCACGGCCCCAACCCGGUCCUGGGCUCAGAGGCGCUCUUGGGCCAGCGGCUGCGGCUGCAGGAGACCUCUCUGGCCCCGUUCGCCUUGCCGACUGUGUCCUUGCUGCCCGCAAUCACACUGGGGCUUCCUGCUCCUGUCAGGGCUGAUGGUGACCGCAGGACUCAUCCGACUCUGGGCCCUCGGGGGCCAGUGUUGGGGAGCCCCCAUGCUCCCCUCUUCUUGCCCCAUGGCCUGGAGCCCGAGGCUGGGGGCCCCUUGCCCUCUCGCCUGCAGCCCAUUCUCCUUCUGGAUCCCUCAGUUUCUCAUGCCCCACUGCUGACUGUGCCCGGGCUUGGGCCCCUGCCCUUCCACUUUGCCCAGUCCUUACUGACCACCGAGCGGCUCUCCGGGUCAGGCCUCCACUGGCCGCUGAGCCGGACCCGCUCAGAGCCCCUGCCCCCAAGCACCGCCGCCCAGCUGUUCAAGAGGUCGGCCAAGCCAAGUGAGAAGCCCGGGCUGCGGCAGAUACCGUCCACUGAGGACCUGGAGACGGAUGGUGGGGGCACAGGGCCAGUGGUGGAGGACAGCCCGGAACGCAGGGAGUCCACCCAUGGGCAGCACGAGGCCAGAGGCCCUGUUCCUCUCCAGCAGCACCAGCAGGUAUUCCUCUGGGAGCAGCAGCGAUUAGCCAGGCGGCUGACUGGUGGAGGCACUGGGAGCUCGGUGCUGCUUCCCCUGGCCCAGGGAGGUCACCGGCCCCUGUCCAGGGCUCAGUCGUCUCCGGCUGCACCUGCCUCGCUGCCAACCCCAGAGUCCACCAGCCAGGCCCGCAUCCUCUCCAGCUCAGAGACCCCCGUCAGGACCCUGCCCUUCACCACAGGGCUGGUGUAUGACUCGGUCAUGCUGAAGCACCAGUGCUCCUGCGGAGACAACAGCAGGCAUCCGGAACACGCAGGCCGCAUCCAGAGCAUCUGGUCCCGGCUGCAGGAGCGGGGGCUCCGGAGCCAGUGUGAGUGUCUCCGGGGCCGCAAGGCCUCCCUGGAGGAGCUGCAGGCCGUGCACUCGGAGCGCCACGUGCUCCUCUAUGGCACCAACCCCCUCAGCCGCCUCAAACUGGACAACGGAAAGCUGCCAGGGCUCCUGGCAGAGCGGAUGUUCGUGAUGCUGCCCUGUGGCGGGGUUGGGGUGGACACUGACACCAUCUGGAACGAGCUGCACUCCUCAAACGCAGCCCGCUGGGCUGCUGGCAGCGUCACCGACCUCGCCUUCAAAGUGGCUUCCCGAGAGCUAAAGAAUGGUUUUGCUGUUGUUCGGCCCCCAGGACAUCAUGCAGACCAUUCCACAGCCAUGGGCUUCUGCUUCUUCAACUCAGUGGCCAUCGCCUGCCGGCAGCUGCAACAACAGGGCAAGGCCAGCAAGAUCCUCAUUGUGGACUGGGAUGUUCACCAUGGCAACGGCACCCAGCAGACCUUCUACCAGGACCCCAGUGUACUCUACAUCUCCCUGCAUCGCCAUGAUGAUGGCAACUUCUUCCCAGGCAGUGGGGCUGUGGACGAGGUGGGGGCUGGCAGCGGCGAAGGCUUCAAUGUCAACGUGGCCUGGGCUGGAGGUCUGGACCCCCCAGUGGGGGAUCCUGAAUAUCUGGCCGCCUUCAGGAUAGUCGUGAUGCCCAUAGCCCGCGAGUUCUCUCCAGAUCUGGUCCUGGUGUCGGCUGGGUUUGAUGCUGCCGAGGGCCACCCGGCCCCACUAGGUGGCUACCAUGUCUCUGCCAAAUGUUUUGGAUAUAUGACACAGCAACUGAUGAGCUUGGCGGGAGGUGCAGUGGUGCUGGCCUUGGAGGGUGGCCAUGACCUCACGGCCAUUUGUGAUGCCUCUGAGGCCUGUGUCGCUGCUCUUCUUGGCAACAAGGUGGAUCCCCUCUCAGAAGAAGGCUGGAAACAGAAACCCAACCUCAAUGCCAUCCGUUCUCUGGAAGCUGUGAUCCGGGUGCACAGUAAAUACUGGGGCUGCAUGCAGCACCUGGCCUCCUGUCCAGACUCCUGGGUGCCCAGGGUGCCAGGGGCUGACGCAGAAGUGGAGGCAGUGACGGCACUGGCAUCCCUCUCCGUGGGCAUCCUGGCUGAGGAGAGGCCCUCAGAGCAGCUGGUGGAGGAGGAAGAACCUAUGAAUCUCUAAGUCUUCGGAACCAAUCUGCCCAUUCACCCCACCCUUUGGACCUGGUUCUCUUCUAACAGCUGGCAACAGUGUCCCUCCCCAGGGUCUUCAGAGAUCCUGUGGGCAGGUAGUCAGGGCCAGAGAACAGCCUCUCGACAGUCACCCCAAGGAGCUUCAGGAGGCCCCUGGCUCUAGAUGGGGACAAAAGGGACCCUGGGAGGAGGCAGGCUCGGCAGGCAGCCAGCAGGCCUCAGCGGGGCUCUCCCAAGAACAGCAUCUACCCUGUGGGGUCCAGGCCCUGGCUGGGCCCCCAUUCCUCAGGACUGCACAGAGGACACUGGCUUGGUCAGGCCGCCUUCCCCACCUGUAACCACUAUUCUUGGUUCUGUAGACUCGGACUUUGCACACAGCCCCAGACUCCACACAGAAAUGUGAACUUGGCCUCUGUCAGGGUGGCCCUUCCUAGGCUCUGAGGGCCGGGGCUGGGAAGUGGUGAUGGGGAGAAGCCAAGGGGUCCCAUUCCCUGAGUCGGCCAGCGCCUCUUCCUACCUGCCCCCUCUAAUGGCUCUGGAAGCUUCCCCUGCCCCUGAGCAGUGAGAUGAUGCCCCUCCCAGAGCCCUCACCAGCAGGCCUCCCGUCUGGUCCUGCCCCGCCAGAGGCUGCUGCUUGUCACCAUCUCAGUGCCCGGUGGAGCAGAAGGUGCUUGGCGUUUUGUGCUUCCUGACCCAAUGGUGCCAAACCCUCAUCUCCCCUCAGGAGCACAGCAGGGCCUCCAGGGAUCCCUCAGCCUUUGGCCCCUCCACGAGCCUGCUCUUUCUGGGGUCCCCCACCCCAACUCUGAUUCCCACCCACACAGGACUAGCUUGGCUGAAGGGGGGCGGGAGAACAGAGGCAAGGUGUGGGGAGGGGAGGCUGCCCUGGCAAAGUCUUCACAGCUUCUAGGGUUCAGGCCUGGGGCCAAGAAGGAAAGUAUUUGUGUGUGUGUAGGCGUGCGUGUGUACGUGAGUGUGUGUGUGUGUGUGUGUGUGUGUGUGUGU